UCAAAUUUUUUGUUAGUUGUUUUUUGCUGUUGGAUAUUUAAUAUACACUUGAAGUAAUUAGAUCAAAAUGCGUGCCUUCAUUGCAUUGGUAUGUCUCAGCUCAGUGAUAAGUCUGUCGACCGCUCAAUUCGUUAAUGGCCGAUUUCUAGAAUCGCCAGUGCCCGCUUUGUGCGCCAAACAACAAAGACCUAUCCACGAAAGAGCUCCCGACGGUAAAGGAUACUUCUUCUCAUGGCGUGAUCCUGCAUUGCAAGGAGUUGAAGAAGAUUGGUUGGGCGCAAGAAAUUUCUGCCGUAAGAGAUGCAUGGACUCCGUUUCGCUGGAGACGAGCAACGAAAACGAAUGGGUUAAACAAAGAAUUGUUGACGCAAAGGUGAAAUAUAUCUGGACCAGCGGUCGUAUCUGUGACUUCAAGGGCUGUGACCGUCCAGAUUUACAACCCACAAAUGUUAACGGAUGGUUCUGGACCGCCGAAUUACAAAAAUUGGCUCCAACCACUGACCGUCAACAAAACGAUUGGUCGGCAAACGGUGGCAUUGGUCUGCCACAGCCCGAUAACCGUGAACUUCAACAAGGUGGAGCCAAUGAAAAUUGUUUGGCCGUUUUGAAUAAUUUCUACAAUGACGGUAUUCACUGGCACGACGUUGCUUGCCAUCACCGUAAGCCAUUUGUGUGCGAAGAAAACGAUGCUCUAUUGAAAUACGUGCAAUACACAAAUCCGCAGAUCAGAGUUUAUUGAAAAGUUUAAUUGCUUACUUUACAACUUUUUCUUCUCUGUUUAAUUUAUUACUUUCGUUCUUUUUCGUUAUAAUUUUUUUUAUUAUUUUCUUUUUGUAUAAUUUGUAUUUGUCUGUUACCAAAUAUUAUUAUUUUAGAUGAAAUUCAGUUACGUUACGUAGAACAGCUUAGAGAAUAUAUAAAAUAGAAAUACAAAAGGA